CAGCACCAUCCACUCCAGCACUCAUCAUCCUCAGACCACAAACAGUUACACUGACCUCCAACAUCAGUCAAUCAUCUCUCUCCACGCCAAUCUACAGCCCAUGGCGACCAGAGCUCUACUCAUCUUGGCCAUCACAGCGGCAGCGCUCGGAACGGCGCUGGGCGCCACAUACACCGUGGGAGCACCGGCCGGGUCGUGGGAUCUCCGGACCAACUACGCCCAAUGGACCUCCACCGUCAAGUUCCGCGCCGGCGAUCAGCUGGUGUUCAAAUACUCCCCCGCGGCACACAACGUGGUGGAGGUGAGCAAGGCGGACUACGACGCCUGCUCCAACUCCAGCCCGCUCGCGUCCUUCCAGACCGGCAACGACGUCAUCCCGCUCCCGGCCGCCGGCAGCCGCUACUUCAUCUGCGGUGUCCCCGGGCAUUGCGAUGGCGGCAUGAAGAUCCGGGUGAACGUCGAGGCAGCGGCUUCUUCCACCGGCGCCCUGCCGCCUGCAGUGAGUCCUCGUGCGGCCGCCCCUGCAAUGGCGCCCGUGCCGAGCGCGAGGGCGCCCGCGUCCGGCGGCCAGGCGGUGCCUCCGUCGAGCUCGGCAACAACGUCAACCAGUGCUGGAUCGUGGGGCCUGGGUCUGGCAGGUGUCUUUGCGGCUGGCCUCAUGGCCUUCUGCUAGAAUCAACAAGGCGUCUUUGUUGUACUUUUUUCACACUUUUGAAUACGAUCAUCUCUUUGUUUUUUAUAUAUCAUUAUUUCGGUCAAAUAUACUACGAUUCACUUUAAUCGGAUUUUAUCGAAUGCUUUAGUAUAUUGUAAGUUCAUACAAUGCAGAUUUCUACGUGCCUGUGUUCGCUAGGCAACAACUGUAAUUGAAAACUGCCAAUAUUUGUGCAAAAUCAACCAAUUGUUUUUGGAAUAAAGUUCAGUACAUUGACAAAAUUA